AUGAGAAGGUGCUGCGAGGGUGUGGGGCUGCCAUGCCUCUUUAAGGGUGUGGGCAUGGCCAGCCCUCGGCCUCCCAGAUACCUCCUGGUCUUCGACUUUGACGAGACCAUCAUCGCGGAGAACAGCGACGACUCGAUCGUGCGCGCGGCGCCGGGGCAGGCGCUGCCCGAGCACAUCCGCCAAACCUUCCGCGAGGGCUUCUACAACGAGUACAUGCAGCGUGUCCUGGCCUACAUGGGUGACCAGGGUGUCAAGAUGAGUGACUUCAAGACUGUCUACGAGAACAUCCCCCUGUCCCCUGGCAUGGCAGACCUCUUCCAGUUCCUCUCCAAGAACCACGAGCUCUUCGAGAUCAUCCUCAUCUCCGACGCCAACAUGUUCGGCAUCGAGUCCAAGCUGAGGGCAGCAGGUGUCUACUCUCUCUUCAGGAAGAUCUUCAGCAACCCAUCCAGCUUUGACAAGAGGGGCUACUUCACCCUGGGGCCCUACCACAGCCACAAGUGCCUUGACUGCCCAGCCAACAUGUGCAAACGCAAGAUCCUCACGGAGUACCUGGCGGAGAGAGCGCAGGAGGAGGUGGAAUUCGAGAGGGUCUUCUACGUGGGAGAUGGUGCCAAUGACUUCUGCCCUUCUGUGACUUUGACCUCAGCUGAUGUGGCUUUCCCUAGGAAGGGCUACCCCAUGCACAGGAUGACCCAAGAGAUGGAGAAGAAACAACCUGGAGCCUUCCAGGCUACUGUUGUCCCCUGGGAAUCGGCCGUGGAGGUCGCCAGGUAUCUCCAGGAGCUCCUCAAGACCAAGUGCUGAGGGUGGCUCUGGAGAGACUCAUGUCCUAGAAGUGGCCGG